AGGGAGGCGUGGUACCAACGCGCACGCUCCAUGUGACUCUGUCUUUCUGGAGGCGGGACUUUAGGAACACAACUACAACAGACGUGGAACCAGCCGGUGGUCAGCGGCGUUCUCUCUGUCGUCGCGCGCGCCGGAUACCUCGAACCGAUACCUCGUUGCACGUACAACACCUGCCACACGAUUAGGCACGCACGAUUCGUUUAUCCGUAACCCGUUCCGGCGACCUUUUUUAAGACUGCGAGUUUCGUGCGGUCCCCCGUACUAUCCCCGACUGAAAAAUUGAGACGAGAUCGACGUAGCGUUAGAUAGAGCUGUCAAAAUCAUGCACGGAAAAACGAUUGACGAUAAUAACAACAAUACCGAUAAUAUGUUGAUCCGUGAGUGAAUAUGCGUAUGAGAGAAUGAGGCUCGUUCAUUCGAGGCGGAAGAACAUCCUCAGGAUCUUCGGAAACGGACAGUCUCGUCAUGAUGUUGGUUCCACAAGAUAUCAUGGGCGGCCCAUCGAAGAUGCUGUACCAAAUGAACAAGUAUUACGCCGAGCGGGUACAGGCUCGCAUGGGCCAGGUACAGAAGACUAUACGAGAGGUGUGCAAGGUCGUGCAGGACGUGCUGAAAGAGGUCGAGGUGCAGGAACCGCGCUUCAUCUCCUCGCUGACCGAGUGCAAUGGCCGCUACGAGGGCCUCGAGGUGAUCUCGCCGGGUGAAUUCGAGGUGGUUCUCUAUCUGAAUCAAAUGGGUGUCUUCAACUUCGUCGACGACGGUACCCUGCCGGGCUGCGCCGUGCUGAAACUCAGUGACGGACGCAAGAGAUCGAUGUCCCUCUGGGUGGAGUUCAUCACCGCGUCCGGUUAUCUGUCGGCUAGGAAGAUACGCUCGCGAUUUCAGACCCUGGUGGCGCAGGCCUGCGACAAGUGCAACUACAGAGACUCGGUGAAGAUGAUCGCCGACACCACCGAGGUGAAGCUGCGUAUACGCGAGCGAUACGUCGUGCAAAUCACCCCGGCGUUUAAAUGUUCCGGCGUGUGGCCGCGAUCCGCCGCCCACUGGCCGAUACCGCACAUCCCUUGGCCACAUCCGAAUCUGGUGGCAGAGGUCAAGACGGAGGGUUUCGACCUGCUAUCGAAGGAGAGCGUCGCGCUACAAGGCAAGCAAUCGGCGAUGGAGGGUGACGCCUGGGUACUGUCCUUCACGGAAGCGGAAACCAGGCUGCUGCAGGGCGGCUGCCGUCGAAAAUGUCUUAGUAUAUUAAAAACCCUGAGAGACCGACAUCUCGAUCUGCCCGGGAAUCCGGUCACCAGCUAUCACAUGAAGACGUUACUGUUGCACGAAUGCGAGAAGCAUCCCCUCGAGACCGAGUGGGACGAGGGAUGCCUGGCUGAUCGUAUCAACGGCAUCUUUCUGCAGUUGAUUUCCUGCUUGCAAUGUCGACGAUGUCCGCAUUACUUCCUGCCAAAUCUCGAUCUCUUCAAGGGAAAAUCGCCUAGCGGUCUAGAGAAUGCUGCGAAGCAAGUUUGGAGACUUACGAGGGAGUUGCUAACAAACAGCCGCGCGCUAGAGAAGCUUUAGCGUCUUCCAUCUCGAGAAUUUGAGAAAACGCGCGAUAAUGAACAACGAGAAUUCGCUCGAUGACACAUAUAACAAAAUGUUAUUGCCACCGUAUUACGUGUUUAUCCGAUACUAUACACAAAUAGUUAGUUAUUAUUUAAUUCACUCUCUUAUGUCGAGGGCUUAGAGAUGGUGCAUUGUUACAAAUGAUUCUUAAUAUGUAAGCUAUUUUAAUUUGUACGUGUUUUCUUUUAGAAACAAUUACGAUUCAAAUAAUAAUAAUGAUUGUUUUAAAUAAUCACGAAUUUAUUAUUUUUAUUUAAUAUUUAAAUAGUCUAAUAUCCCUGCGAGUAAACAUUUAGCCAUUCAACUUAUGUUAAAAAUUUCACCGAUUAAAUAAAAUUAACUUUAUACCUUAGGAAACUGUGAGUUAAAACAAAAUUUAUUUAUUUAUUAUUUAAAGGAUGGAUUGGCGAGAAAGAUUAAUUAAUCCAAACAGAUAGAUAAAUAGACUUAUGCGAAUUGUAAAUAUUUAAAAAAAGGUAUGAUUAAUUUAGCAAUUGAACAUAGCGUGAAAUAUACGUAUAGCACGACGAUUCCGUCUUAGAUUUCGGCAAGUUGCGAGGUCUCAAUAAUAAUAUGUAUGAAUGCUUUACUCUAAAAUAAUUUAUAUUGCUGUAAGAUAAGCAGUCUCGAUAGCUAUAUCUCGCGCGAUUAGUUAAAUGUUAGAUACAUAUAGUAUAUCUCGAUAGUUAUUGUAAUGCGUCACGUUGCAAUAUACGAAUUGUGCAAUUAAUUCUGUCGAAAUAGAAUAUCUCAUAUGAAUGUUUUUAGUGUGAUAAUAAUUAUUUUAUCUCAAUUAUCAAACAACGAGUUUAUCAAAAUUAUAAUCGCAAUAAAAUAAGAAGAUAGAUUCUUAAG